AUGCUCUACGGCAUCGCUCUACUCACUGCGCUGUGCGCCAGUCCCUGCCUCGGCAAUAUUGCCAACGACUUCGACAAGGUUGCAGAGGCAGCGCCCCCUGUCCGCUUUACCUGGCUCCGCAAGAGCGAGGCCACCCCUCGCUUCAAGAACCUCUUCGUCCACUCGAUUCCGGAUGAUGGAGUCCGCUGCCUUGCUCAGGGUCAGCUGGACGGUCCUCCCGUCCAGGACUGUCUCGACGUUCUGAACUUCGUAAAGGAACAGAAGGAUCCCUUCCACAUUGACGCCGGCAUGUGCUGGGCUGCGCAGCAUGGCGGCUGUGUGGCCAUCGUGUGUGCAGAGAAGGAAGCCCUAGAUUUGUCGCCGAAGAAGGAUAUGCAUUGGGACGAGUUGACAAGUCAGUGUCUCAAUAGGGGCCACAGUGGCACGUACAGGGCCGGCGACCUUGGCCUGGAGACGUCCUUGUUGAAGUGGACUGCUUGA